AUGGAUAGUGCUGUAAAUCAAGAAGCGGAAGCUCGACUGGCGCACGCCAAAAAGCUUGUAAGUAUUCUUUGCUCAUCGAUUGACAAAGGUUUUUAUUUGAAUAAUCAAUUUUGGGGUUAAAGAUAUGGUUUGGAAGCAGUUUAUGUUGUUUUUAUUGUAAAAAAUUUUAAAUAUUGAUGUUGUACUGGGCAAUUUCAAAGUGUUUCUUUAUGUCUUCAAAAUUUUUGCUUUUUUGAACCCAAGUGACACUUUUAAAAUCUAAUGUUAUCAUUUUCAGUUGUCAAAAUUCCAAAACAGGCAAAACGAACAAAAGGAAGAGAGUUCAACUCGUACCACUGACAGUUGCACUCCAGAACAACAGGUAUCACAACAUUCCAAUCAGAGUUCAGCGAUCUUUGUCAAUUCGCUGAACGGAUCACUACAUUCAUCUAGGAGCUCGUCGUUUGUAAAUAUUGAACAUUCAUCGGCCGAGGGUAAUAUGGUAAGUUUAUUUCUUUUUGUUGUUUUUCGAAUUUAGGUAUGGACCUUGGUGAAGAUUUGGUUAUAUAUGAAGUUUUUGAUAGUUUAUACGAGCUGUAAAUGCUUGUUAAAGAUAUAGAAAAGAAUUUUACAUCUUUUUUCGUGGUUUUUACUUUAUUGUUUCAGAAUGCCGAAAUCGCGAAUUUAAAGUCGUCGUUAGCUGAAAAGGACAAGUAUAUAGCGGAAACAACGACAAAGCUUAAUUCUUUGGUAAGUUAUUAGCUUCAAAUUGUUACAAUGUUAAAGAAAAGACUUAUAACUUGCUUUUAAGGUUGAUAAACUUUAGUAAAAGGUUUUAGAAGAAUCAUAUAUCGUGAUAAACUCUUGAAUAAUCAUGUUUUAUACCGUAUUACAGAGUUUUAAAGAAUAUUCGUCAUAUUUUUUUCUUUAACAUGCUAUUUGGUUAAAAAUUUUACACUAGUAAUGAUACGUAUGUUGUAAUGUACCUUUUUAGCACAACCAUUACGUUCAAAUAUAUGAAGCCUAUAACAAGUUGGUGGAACCAAACUCUCAAUCUAGCAACAAAAGUGACGAUACAAACAGGCAGAUUGUGCAGUUACAAACAGCUUUAACAGUAGCUGUGCAGGAGAAAACGGCUUUGCAAACGGAAUGUCGGAACGUUAAGGCACAUUCGAAAGCUGUGGAGGCCGAGUUGGAUAUGUUUAGAACGAGAGGAAUUACGGGUAUGACUUUUUUUGAAAUAAGGCGUGUUCUUAUGAAGUACGAAGAUUGUAAAAUACUGUUUUUCAUUUGAAAGCAUAUAUUCUUAUGCUCUGGUUCUAAUUAAACUUUAGAAUUUAAAACAAAAAAUAAAUUUUACGGAAGUGUAUCAAGUGUUAUUUUAGGUAAUGCAAGUGACAACUUUAAAUUAUUAAACCUACAAGAAGAGAACAAAAAGUUGGGAGAACGAGUAACAGCACAAGCUGAAGCCUUAUCUGAACAAAGGAGAGAAAACAGCGAUUUGGAAGCGAAAAUUGUUGUUCUAAACCAAGACAAGAACGAUGUUCAGGUAAUUUUUACUUUUUUAAUGUAUAUUUAGGUGAACAAUCAAAAAAACUAAAAUCCAAUCUUUUAGAACCGCCUCCGUUACGUAUACCAAGAAAAAGAGACUCUGCAACAAUCUCUAAGUCAACUAAAACAUGAAUUGAGCAUGAAAGAAAUCUACAUUAGACAGUUGUCCAAAAACCUAUCAGACAAUUCAGCUCAUCAAACGAUUGAGACAUUUGUGGAAGAGAAAAAACAUCUGGAAGCGCAGAUUGCGAACAAUAAUAUAACGAUUCAGAAGCUGACGGAAGAAAGUAAUGGUGCUAAACAGUACUACAACGAUUGUUUGGAGCAAAAUCGGCAAAGGAUAAAGGUUUUGGAGGAGGAGGUAGGACUUUGGGAUGGUUUUUGUUGGGGUGGAUAAAUAUUGUUUUUAAAAUUACGGGUAGAAGAUGUUGCUGUUUUUAUAAGUUCAAAUUGAUUUUCUAAUGGUUUUUGACAGAAAUUUUUUUUAAAUAUAGAAAAGUAUUUCUGAGUUAAAGAAACUUUUUAAAGUGGUCGAUUUUUGGCUGUAAAACAACUUAAAAAUGGUUAAAAAACGCAUGUUUUUAGUUAAAAGUUAUAAUUUUUCAGCUCAGCGAUCAAAAACAACGUCUACAAAACGCGGAAACUGCCAAAUGUUACCUACAAGAAGAGCUGGAAAUGUUCCGAAGACAAACCCAACAAUCUAUCGUUCAAAAAGACGCAGAUUCAGAAGUUGUCUUAGUGAAUACAGAAACAAAUGGCAAAGAAACAGUUGCCAAAGAAGACCACGAUGCCUUGAAGAACAGUUUCUACAAAUUGGAGCAAGAAUUCAACAAUCAGGCGGCGUUUAUCAGCGAGCUGAAUAAAGCUUUGGCACUAAAGGAUCAGAAGUUGGAAGAGGUCAACACUAGUCUGGAGGAAAAGUCAAGAACAAUAUCAAGAUUGAGUGAGGACCUAAAAAGAGAUGACAAGUUGAAUGCGGACUUUAAGGCUCUAGCUGAACAACUUCAAAAUGAAAGAGCUACCGUAUCUAGGGCUGUAGCACAGAAUAUAGAAUUGAAGGAUCAGCUGGGUGAGCUACAAGAUCGACUGGUUGAGAUUACGAACAGAUGUGCUGAACAGGAGGAUGAGAAACAACGAGCGCUGGCUACGGUUAGGAAUCUGAGCAAAAAGCUGGAGGAAAUGGUAGGUUUUUGGGGAUUACUAUGGUUUUUUUUAAAUAAAGGAUGAUUUUACGUUAACAUGGAGUAUUGAGUUAGAGUUCUGAAGUUUGAUUAAAACAAUACUACAAUUUUGAUUAAAGUGCUGUUAGCUUUAUAGUAUGACAUUGUUUUUUGUAGGAUUCACGAACGCCGACGCCAGAAGCAGAUGGAAAUGAAAUUAAAGAAAAUAAUAAUGUGAUUACCGUGGAAGCUCUAAACAAAUACAUUAAUGAUGUGAAGACCUUGCCAGACCAGGAGAAAGAAAAACAGCUUCUAAAACUACACGAUAUUCAUACAAUUUUACGGAAAAUGGUAAUUUUUGUUGAUUUUUAGGACCGUUUUGAAUCAAAAACUAAUUUUGAAGACCAUGUCUGGACUUGUUUUGCUUUUUCUAUUUACUUUUUGAACAUGAUUUUCAAAUUUUUACGAUUUUGAGUUUCUUUUGUAACGACAAGUAAGGUUUACAAUGUCUUUUUGCAAUAACUUGUUACCUAUUUUAGCUAAAACACCACCAUGAAGAAAGAGAUCAAGUACCAGAACUACCCGAAAUAAACUCAAGUCAUUUGGCUAGUCCUCAACAAAAUGGAUCAGUACCACCCCCACCCACGCCCAAAAAUGACGCCUCAACGAUGGUAGACCACAAAGAUAUUGCAUUACAUCUUCCAUCGCCAGACAAGCUGGAGAAAGCGUUGGAAACAGCGGUAAAGGAAGCCGAAUUGAAAGGAAUUGUUCAAGCAGAGCAAGGAGAAGCUCAUGGUUAUUGUGAUGGACAACGGGGUUAUCAUGAUGGUCAGCAAGGGUAUCAAGGAGCUCUAGGAGGUUACCAAGAAGCAGGCGGGCAUCCACAACAAGGUUAUCCACCGCAAAAUGCUAAUAACUAUCCACAAACGAUUGAAGGACAACAGGGUCAAUAUCAGCAUCAACAUGGCCAAGAAGGUCAAUAUCGACAAGAAUAUUCAGCUCAAAAUAACCAACAACAUCAAUUUGAGCAGUCUCAGAACAUACGACAACUUUACCCCCCACUAGUUCAAAUAGAUGACUCGGAAUCAGAGUCUGAUGUUACUGAAGGCACGAUAAGUUCGGAUUCAGACGAUGAAGAGCAUCAACAUCAUGAAGUUUAUCAACAAGGUGGAGUGAGUUCUCAACAACAAGGUUAUGGUCAAGCUCAAUAUGAUCAACAAGCAGUUGCUCGUCAUCAAGGUCAAGCAGUUUAUCCGCAAGGUGGAGACGGUCAUCAAGUUCAAAAACAAGGUGGAGACGGCCAUCAUGUUCAUCAACAUGAUCAAUUCCACAUUCCACCUGAAUUGGUAGCCGAAAACGAGACGUUGAAAUCAGAAGUUCAAUCUUUGACCGAGAAGAAUAAGCAGCUACAGUACUGGUUGACACACGUAGAAAGUGAAAAUGAAAGUAUUGGAGAUUACAUUCAGUUAUACCGAAUUCAAAGGGAGAAGAUCAAGGAAAAGCUAAAGGAGCAGGAGAAAACAAUGGAUGAGUGGAGGGAAAGCAGUCAAAAUUCAAAGGUAAGACUAUUAGAAGGACUUUAUGUUGAACAAAAGGCGUUAUAACAUUCUUUUACCAUAUUACACUUAAAAAUAUUGUAUAUUAGGCUGAACCAAAAGUAGCGGGACACUUUUUAGUUGAAAAAUAAUUGAAAACUGUCGCGCUACUUUUGGUUCAAUACGAUUACAAAUAUACAAUGGACUAUUUUCAGGAAAAACUGUCGAACUUUGUGUCAAUUCUGCUUCAAACGAUACGUGACACUUACAAAGAUACCCUAAAAUACGAUGAUGAAAUAAAGCAAAGUGAUACAGUGGAAACAGUAGAUGAACAAGGACAAAUCCAAGAGUCUUUGAUUGAAGCUGGAUUGAUUACCAAAGAAGAUGAACAAAAAGGAGAUGAAAAUGAAAGGAAGACGGAUCAAAAUGAUGAACAACUACAUCAAUCUCUAGUGGAAGCUGGCUUGGUAUGUCCGGAUGAUAGGGAAACUGAACAUGGUCAACAACAUGUUCAUCAACAUGGUCAUCAACAUGGUGUUCAGCAUGGACAUCAACAUGGGCAUGAUGGUCACCAACAUAGUCAUGAUAGCGGCCAAAGUCAAGAUGGACAUCAACAUGAAUGCCACCAUGAUCAUCAUGUUGAAGGCUCAAAACUACCAUCCGAUGGUCAAAGCUUACCAGUACGAGACAGUAGAGCAUGUGUCGUUCACAAACUGGUCCAUUUCCUUCUGACGAUAAAAGAGGAUUCUGUACCAUCGACAGAAACCCUAAACCAGUUCUCGCAACUCCUACACGAGGCUCCCGAACCCUUCGACCCAUGCCUUCACUGCUCCGAGUGCCGCGGCGCCAUGAAACACCUGUAG